CUCUCCAUAAACUUUCUCCCCCUUUCUAAAUAUUAUUAGUAAUAUAUGUGUGUUAAAGGACUUCAAGAAUUGAAGAAGAAUCCUUGAACGAACGAGAAGAAAACAAAAUUCAUAAAAAAUGUCCGCUGUAAGAAAUUUUCAAGAUUUUCAAUUCUCAGACGUUUCAGACAGUAGAAAGAAAGUUGAUGUUCAGAGCCUGGAUCCUCAGCAUCUUCAGAAUCAUGCGGAUGGAGUUGGACAUAGAGAGACGGAUGCUUCACGUUCUGAAUCCGAGUUUAACUUGCGUCAAAGUUUGGCAUGGGACAGUGCCUUCUUCACUAGUCCAGGAGUUCUGGACCCUGAAGAGUUGGAGACGCUUAGUAUUCGGGUUGUGGAUAAUGGAGUAGACACAGCUGGCGGUGGGGAUCUGAGGUCUGUACCCUCUCGGUCUGCAGGACCAGAAGGGAAGAGUGCAAUUGAUGAGUGCAGUUUGCGCAAAAGUUUAACUUGGGAUAGUGCCUUCUUUACAAGUUCAGGAGUUUUGAGUGCUGAGGAGCUGUCUUUUGUUAACGGAGGAUUUCGACUAUCACAAGGACAUACACGUCCUGGGAUUAAAGAAGUCUGGAGGUCUGCUGAAUCAAACUCAACAAGAAAUGCCGAUGCUUACUCCCUUGCAAGCCUUGAGAUUGAUCUUUUUGACAAUGUGAGAGUGUCCAUGCGGAAAUCAAACGAUGCAUCAUCCACUAAGGAAACUUCAUCUAGAAAAGUUAGAAGAGAACAUGAAAUGCAAAGGGGUAAUACUUCAAAAACAUCGGAUGCUUCCUCUCGAUUAAGAGCAAAGCAGGGACCUAAUAAAGAAUCCAAAUCGUUUAUCAAGUCACCAAAUAUAUUCUGCCAAAGUCGCAAUCUAUCCGCAGCUCCCAACAAAAGGGCCUCUUCGGGUGCAAACAAUGUUAAAAUGGAAAACAAAGGUGCACAAGCUGCUUCUGGGAGAACCAAGAUUGUGUCAAAGAAAACUUGUAUCCGGGAUUCAUGCAGUAUUAUCCGUAGUUCAACACCACCAGUGAAAUCAUCUUCUUCAGCUGCACCCUUUGGGAAAGAGCUUGGAGGAUCUGGCUGUGUUCCAAAUUUCACUGUUAAAUCUUCUCCAGAUUCUCUGAGGAGAACAAUUAAUUCCCAGGUCUCUGCUUCUGCUUCAAUCUCUAGAACUCCCCGACAACAUUCAGCUGGAAACAUAAAAGAGCUGGUGAAUUCUAGCAACUCUACUAGUUUGUUAUCCACACCCAAGUCGUCAUCCUGUACAUCGCCUGCUAGUUCCACAGAUGGAUGCUCCUCAGAAUCAUCUUCCAUAAUUCUCAACACAAGAUCUGCUGCCAUUCAUGCAACUACAGCAUGCAGAGGGAUUUCUUUCAGCAAGGAUGCCUUUCAAAUAUCAGAUUCUAAGAGACGUCAAUGCAAUGAAUAUUUGAUACAUGAAAGUCAUAAAACAAAGUUCAUGAACGCACAACUCAAUAAAAUCCCAGAGGGAACCAGUCUUAUCGCAUCCAUUGUUUCAAAAGGUUUACAAUCUUCAAGUCUCCGAAUGCCAUCGCCAAAAAUUGGAUAUUUUGAUGCGGGAAAUUCCAUGGAUAUAACACCAAAUGGAGGCCUGAAGUUUUCUGGUGUACAAUCCACUUCUUCCAAAUACAGAGGUGGUAUUAGUAAUGCAAAUGGAGCUGCAGAUAGAACAAGAAACAGAAUGCAUCAAUUGGUGGGAGCAACACCGAUAUCUGUAAAUAGAGCAGGCGCAAAGGAGCCGGGCUGCUUACAGGAGAAGAAGCAACCUUUGAAGGAGCUUGAAGUUGUCAAGGCACAUGUUCCUGAAAAUAAAGUGCAUAGAUUUAAUGAAGAUAACAAAGAGAAUAUAGGUAGUUUUGAAAAUCAGGUUGAUGACCUGAGUAGACGUAUGGAAGGCAUUGCUUUUUAGGAGGGACUUGGUUACGUAGUCUGAAGUAAAUCAAUGUCCUUUACAGUUUGCUAUCUCGAUUAUUUACAAGGGUGUUAGAUGUUGGAUUUUCCUUAAUUGUUCAACCAAAGAAUUCCAUAGUGAUGGCUGAAUUAUGACUUUGUAAGCGUCUUCUCCCCCUAUAUUGAUGCGGUCAUAAAGCAUAUCGACGAAUCAACAAAUCCGGGUACUUUUCUUAGUGAACAGAUAAAUCUAAGAAACUCAAUGGAUAACUGUUCUCUC